AAAAUAUAUAAACAAAAACUUUUAGAAGUUGCAACAUACGCAACGAUGGCAGACAGGCUAACGCAGCUACAGGAUACCGUAAACCAACAGGCCGAGCAUUUUUGCAACGCCAUAGGUGUAAUCCAACAGACAUCUUAUCCCAGUAAAUUUGGAAAUUUCGACCGCACAGGGUCACAAACGCCGAACCCAAGUCAGCCCCAGGAGGACUAUGCUCAGCUAUUCGCACAGCUAAUUGCACGAUGCGCCAAAGAUAUUGACACAUUGAUUGAGUCGUUGCCAAAUGAAGACAGCUCGAUUGAACUCCAAAACUCAAGUCUCAAGAGGCUAGAAAUGGAAAAUCAAGAGACCGCUCUUGACCUUGAGAAAGUGGUUCAAAAAGGAGAGCUUUUGCUUGAGAAAAUUCAGUCUGCUCUGGAGAACAUUGCUCAAGCUCAACUUGAUAUGCAAAUAACACUCAAGUCCAGUAAUAAAAAUAUUUGAAGAUCAUA